AUGGCUGAUGUAGCUGCCUCACCGUUUGUCGUCACCUCACCGUCACUGUCCUUAGACAACGAAAUUAAUGUUCUUUUGAAAAACGACUACGUAGAACAAGAGACUGACAUAGAAGAGCCCACUGAGAUGGAAGAACAAUAUUCUACGUCAAUUUUUCUUAGCGAUUCUUUCAAUGAGGAAAAGCCAUUAACCUUCAAGCGUCUUCUGCAGCACUUUGCAGCGUAUACACAACAGAAGAAAAGCAGCAUCACCUACCUUAUGCAACUGCUCAUUCGGCAUAGACCGACGCCGCUAUAUGAUAUGUUACCAAGCACGGGCAAACAGCUUAUGUACAUUGAUGGUUCAGAUGUGCCAUCAUUUACCUUUCCUUCGUCCGCUUCUUCUACUAUUGUAGUCAACGAGUCAGUGUCGUCGCUGGAUAGCCAAAGUAUUACUUUGAUGCCAUCAAAUGGAUCUCAAAACGAAACCACCGCACAGUCAGAUUUAGAUAAUGAUUGCCACCCACCUUUUACGAAUUUCCGGAAUGCUACAUGGUCAACAGUCCUUCCUACCACGCCGUCAUGUAAAAGAAAGAGAGUACAACCAAAGUCAUUGCCUAAAGCUAUUUCUCUCGAGAAUGGUGGCAAAUAUAUGCAUUUUGGACUUGAAGCUGCUUUGGCCGGAAAAUCUCCGGGCCAGGUUUUACAACAUGCAUGUCUCGUACAACAUGCCCAGCUGUACAACAGAUCACCUACUUUUGUUCCUGCUUCUAUUCGCAAAGAGGUAUCUAAAGCGCCUAAUGCAUGUGUACGUUUAGCCAUUAAUCCACCAAUUGAGGACCUAUUUGACAAAAGGAUAGCAACCGGAAGAGGUCGUAGAAUCCUGCGAGGCGAAAUUGAGAGGGAAGCAUACGAGCAAUCUGCACUUCCUCAUUACUUUGUUGUCAUCAACAUUGAUGGAGUAAUAGCAUUCACCAACUCCGAGCAAGCAGAAAUCAUUCCGAUUCUUGGGUUAGUCUACUCCGUUAAACGUUCCGCUUUUUGUAAUGGAAGUGCGAUUGCACUUGAGACUCCCUAUCCUUUUGUUAUCGGUUUCUUUCACGGUAAAGAAAAACCAGAUGUUGACAAGUUCUUAGAGCCAUUACUAUUUGAGCUUAGUCGGCUCUCUCCCAUCAACGUCGAUCCCAUUGAAAUAAGGGGAAGAGAAUUCACUGCUUCUUUGCGUUGUGUGAUAGCUGAUACACCGAUGCGCACGUACCUAAAAAAAAUUAAAGGUCACAGUGGGUAUUGGAGUUGUGAAAGAUGUAUUCAGAAAGGAGAGAGAAGAUUAACAGAAGGAAAGAAUAUGUUUACUGGUAACUUUGUAGAGCUGAACGCCCCACUAAGACUAGAUGAAGACUUUUUAUCCUACUGUGUCGAUGAUGAUUGUGUAGAUGAUCACGUUGCCAGUGUACAUGAUGUAAGCCCUUUCUAUGAUUUUGGUUUUCCCAUGGUUUCCUUGUUUGUAAUCGACCCCAUGCACACAUUGACUGCGGGGGCAUUUGGAAGACGUCUUAUAGGUAUAGCAUCCGUAAAAAGUGAGGGCAAACUGAAAUCGAGUCAUCUUGCAGAAGUAGACAACAGAAUCCGAUUGUUUAAGGCUUGUAAAUAUCAGAAUUUGAUCGAUAUUUGA